AUGGCGCGGCCAGUCCCGUUUGCGUUCCGGGAAACCGUCGAGCGCGACCUGGACCGCCUCGUGGAGAAAGGGAGCCUGACUCCGGUCGAGCGGGCGGGCCGGGCAGCUUCGGUGGUGACCGGGCAGAAGCGGGCGGGAGACAUCCGCAGCUGUGCCGACCUCAGCUAUGGCCUGAAUGACGUCCUAGAUGUCCAGCAGUAUCCGCUGCCGACACCGGAUGAGCUUUUCGCCAAGCUCAUUGGCGGCCGGAAAUUAACAACCCUUGACCUGGCGCAGGCGUACGCCCAGGCCGAGCUUGACCACGACAGUAAGAAACUGGUGGUGAUCAAUACCCACAAGGGGUUGUUCCGAUACAACCGCCUUGCCAUUGGCGUGGCGUGCGGCCUCAGCAUCUUUUAG